UUUUCUUUUUUGAAAGAAUACGCACGACCGUUCUCUUAGCUCUGCUCUGCUCUCUCUCUCCCCUCUCCAGCGCUGCUACACAUGUAUAUACCUAUAUAUACACUGUAUCUCUCCGGCGGUGCGGUGCAACGUCGGCGCGCGCAGUACACACAGUAGAACGCGCGCGGGCGGCAAGUCUGCACACGAGCCGUCGUCCAAAGCCUCACCAUAGCAGCCGACGACGGGUAUACAGAGGUAUACUGCACUAGUGUGCAUAGUAUGUAGCAGACAGUCAAGCGGGGAGUCUUAUAUUGCGGACGAGCCGACUCUGCGUGUGCAGCUGCCCUUUGCAGGCAAGGACGGUAUACUUGUAUACACGUGAAAGAAAUUAAAAAGACAUAAAGUUAGAUCGGUCGCUGUAAUAACGAGGAAAUCAUAGAGUCUCGAGUGCAGUGAAAUCCGCAUUGAAUCGAGAGUGCUGGACUGGAUUAUGUUGUGUUACUCCCGCGGGAGGAUGCGGAUCGCGGCGUCGCUGCGCUACUGCCGUCAGCUGCUGCAUCGAGCCUCUGGACGCCGAGACUGUUGACACGGAAGAGCAGAGAAUUCUACUGAUCAAAUUCACCGAAAACGUACAACGCUGUACACAGCGCCAGUUCCGACUACACGCUGUAUUAGCGCGAAAAGGAGUGUCUCGCGCAGAUCGUGUAUCGCCAGUGAUACACAUACAACAAAGAGCGUCGGAAGACAAGCGACGAUGCGCAAGAUCUCGGAGAUGUCGCAGCCCAUCGACUGCAAGUGCGCCGAGGACGAGGAGGAGGUGAGCGGCAGCUGCAGCUGUUCCGGGAAGUCGGCCAACGGUUCGGCGACGGCCUCGCCGUCAAGCUGCUCGGCGACGCCCAGCGCCAUCCUCGAGGAGAUUUUCUACAUAUCGUCCAAGAGGAGCACUUUGUACAGGGUCAGGCUGACCGAGAGGGGACUCAGUCUGCGAAAGGAGAGCAACUGCGGUCCCAGCAAGACCGAGACUAUCCUCGUCGAGGACAUCGUCGGAUGCAGAUGCAUGCGUUCGAAGCGUCGCAGCGCUGGCAGCUGCGCCUGCGGGCCAGGUGCCUCUCGCGGUCAGCCCCAUCUAGUGGAGUCGACGGAGCUUGUCCAGCCGCACGACGAGUACGACACCUCGGCCUACCUCUACAUCUACGCGUACACGCUGAAACGAGCCAAGGUGGCGAACAAAGGCGCGCGAAGACGCGAGCGCACAACUGUCACCCUGAGGUUCCGCAGCUUCGACCGUUACGAGGACAAUCUGCGCGAGGCCAGUCGCUGGAGGCUCGCCAUCAAGUGUCUGCUUAACAGGCUGCCAGUGCCCAAGGCCUACAUGAGCCCUGCUCACCGGAACUUGCAGUCCCUACUCAGCGCCUGUCCAGACGAGUCGAAGAACCUGCUGGUGAUUCUGAACCCAAAGUCAGGUCCGGGUCGAGGCCGUGAGAACUUCCAGCGACGAGUGAACCCGAUCUUAUCCGAAGCCGAGCUGCCCUACGACGUGUACAUAACUCGACACCCGAACUACGCGAGGGACUUUGUGCGCAGCCGCGAUCUGUCCCAAUGGUCGGGUCUCGUUCUGGUCGGCGGCGACGGUAUCGUCUUCGAAGCCAUCAACGGUCUGUUGCAGAGGCCCGACUGGGACACCGUCAUGAAGCAGCUGCCCAUCGCCGUCAUACCCUGCGGAUCGGGCAACGGACUCGCCAAGUCUAUCGCGUUUUCCAAACAGGAGCCCUUCGACCAGAACCCGAUGCUGAUAAGCGCGCUCUCGGUGGUGCGCCGCCGACUGAACCAGAUGGACCUGGUGCGCGUGGAGACACGCAAGCAGAUCCUCUACUCGUUCCUCUCGGUCGGCUGGGGUUUACUGGCCGACGUCGACAUCGAGAGCGAGCGACUCAGAGCCAUCGGAGCUCAGAGGUUCACCCUCUGGAGCCUCGCCAGACUCAUAGGACUGAGGACUUAUAAGGGAAGCGUAUCUUACCUGCCCUGCGACUCGCCCUCGACUGGCAUCGGGGCACAGAGCAACGGGGUCGUCAAGAGCAACGGCGAACUCGCCAGGAUGCAGGAGGACGCCAAGAUCACGCACUCGAAGAGCUACGGCGAUGAGCUCGAUAGAUACACGAGCGAGAUCCGGGAGUCGAAGAGCUACGACGGCGUUUUCGACGACGUGGAGGACGAGUUGCACGACGUCGCCGAAGACGAGGUGGACUUUGGAGGCGUUAUCACGGACGCUCUGACCCUCGAGACCGAGACUGUCUCGCCGAGCAGCGCCACUCCGAACACGACGUUCACCGGACGCCGACGCUGCGACAGCUUCUACUCGGCCAAGUCGAGGAAGUCCGCCUAUUUCAGCACUGGCUCUGGCUCGAUCUCGAGUACUUAUCACAGCGUCGAGGACGUCAACAAUCCCAACAAUGUGGACGGCGACGGCAGAAGCAAGAUCAUUUACGGGCCACCUUCGUCGUUGCCUGCGCUCACUACCAAAGUACCGAGUUCCUGGACUAAGAUAGAAGGCGAAUUCGUCAUGGUACAAGCCGCUUAUCAGACUCACUUGGGGCAGGACUGUUACUUCGCUCCGCGAGCCAAGAUCGCCGACGGCAUAAUCUGGCUUCUGAUCAUCAGGGCAGGAAUCAGUCGAACUAAUCUACUGCAGUUCAUGCUCGGAUUCAGCACGGGAACGCACCUGAGCACCCCGGGUGUCGAGAUGAUACCGGUGCGAGCGUUCAGGAUCGAGCCAGCCGAGGACACGAACGGCCUGCUUACUGUCGACGGCGAAAAGGUCGACUACGGUCCGCUCCAGGGCGAAAUCUUCCCGUCCCUAGCGACCGUCAUGUGCCCUUGACUAACCAUCCGACGCUUUUACCCGCCUCCUAGGAGGACGAAACGUAGCAGUGGAUUCUUAAUCCGCAGGCGUUUAUGUAAAUGUGAGAGAGAACGUUGCGAUGCAUGAGCCGAUCCAAGUGAUACAAGAUGAUGGUUUUAUUCAUUUUUUCCUAUCUGUUGAUUAGUGCGUAAGUAGUGUACGAUAGCGUAACGCGAGCUAGGUGAGGGUGGAGCGAAAGUAUAUCGAGGUAUCUCGCACGGAAAUUCAAUCGAGAGCCCGAGGGACGAUACUUAUUUUAUUAGAUCGAUCCUUCUUUUAUUAUUUGCCCGCUUGCGAAACUUUCGAUUGAAUUUCCGAGUCGAAAUUGAAUGCCCGUGCCAUUCACGGCGAGAGAGGAUAAAAGUAUACCAAAAUAGUAGAGAAUUUAAACUUUUUACAUGCCAAUCGACGCAUUUCUCUGCGCGCAACGCUGCGGAGGUGAAUUCAACUGCUAGUUUGUAGAGAAGAAUAACGUUUUCGAACUUCGUCCAUGAGAAUAAUUAAAAAUUUCGGAUACUUAUAUUGUUAGUGCGUCAAUGGUCUUCUAGAUACCGUUUGUCAAGCACAAAUUAUGAUAUUCUGUGAUGUUACAUCAAAAUUGAAUUUUCAAAUAUUUUCACGCGAUUUGUUUACACAUCUAGAAGCUUAACGAUACAACUGUAGAUAUAUUUAAUAAAGGAGCUUAGAUUGUUAAUUAUUUGAUAUAUACCAUUUUUGUUAUUUGUCCCUCGACAUUUAGUGUGUAAUUAAAGUAGGCUUUGCGCGUUCAAUGAGCUUACGUUUUCAGUUUUAAGAGAGCUAGAAAGAAUGAGGAUGAGAGUCAAAGAAUGAACAUCUUUUUCAAUCACACAAUCAUAUCCAAGAAUAUUGUCGUCGUUAUAUUACCACGAUUUUGUAUACAAAAAUUGUAAUGUAUAUUACGGAUGGGAACGUUGAUCAAUAAUUAGCGAGUCUUUAUUUCUUGUAAA